UGGGCCAAAGACGGGCUCCUCCUGGGCCCCGACCCUCGGAUCCCGGGCUUCCCCAGGUACCGCUUGGAAGGGGACCCUACUAGAGGUAAGUGACCAGAGCCUGAGACCCUGAGCCACCAGCAGAGGCCGUGGCCCUGACCUCGGGCCCCACCCCCUGCAGGUGAAUUCCACCUGCACAUCGAAGCGUGUGACCUCAGCGAUGACGCAGAGUAUGAGUGCCAGUCCCCCCCAAGGUGCUUCAGCUGACCCCCGAGGCAGGGAGCACAGUCACCUGGGUAGCUGGGCAAGAGUACGAGGUCACUUGUGUGUCCGGAGAUGCAAAGCCAGCGCCCGAUAUCACCUUCCUCCAGAGUGAGUGUGGGGGGAUUGGUGACACUGGUGUGGGACCUGGGAGGGCACAUCCCUGGGGAGGCCACCGGAGACAGCAGGGCUGCUGGCUGGGACUCAAGGACGAGGCUGGGCUCAGACAGAAACACGGGCUGCGGCAGCGGCGCAGAAACGAGAAGCUGGGGUGACAGGUGCAUGAUGCCACCAAGCCAGGAGGCGAGGAGACGACCAGCCCUGAGGACUCCAGCAUCCAGGGAGUCCUCAGUGUGGGGGGGGACGGAGCUGGUGCCCAGGAGGGACGGGGCGUCAUGCCUACCCUGAGGACCUCCAGGCCAUGCUCCCCGGAAUCCACCCUGGGGGGACCUUGGCAUCCCUCCAGCCCUCUUGUUGCCCCAAGGUGGACAGACAAUAUCUGACAUCUCUGCCACCGUGAACGAGGGGUCCCAGGAGAAACUCUGCACCACAGAGGCCACAGCCAGGUUUGGAAGUUGGGGUGCCCCUCCCCACCCUGAUCCCCAAAUUUCCCCACGAGAGCCUCAUAUCACAGGGAUUCAAGCAUGGAAACUUGGGUCAGGUAUAACUAUUUGAGACCCAAUUCUUCACUGGGACCCUCAAAACUUCUUCAUGGGACUCCAGUUCCAGGGUACUGAGCACAAAGAUUUUGGCCAGGUGUGGGCCUCUGGGGGCCCCAAUUUUCACUACUGCCCCCCUCAAAUCUCUCCCAUCAAACUCCAGAGCCCAGAGGAAAUCAGCAUGGGGACUUACACCAGGCGUGGGGACCUGGGAUCCCUGACUCCCCAAAUUUCAGAUGAUGACUCUGACCCUAGAAUCCCAACUUCCCACCCCAGGGUGACACCCCAGGGCUCGGAUAAUGGGCAGUUGCUGGUCUGUGAGGGAUCCAGCCCGGCUUUGGACACCCCCAUCCAGGUCUCAGUCACCAUGAAUGUUCUGUUCCCCCCAGGACCCCCUGUCAUCGAGUGGCCAGGCCUGGAGGAGGGCCACGUGCGGGCAGGACAGAGCUUGGAGCUGCCGUGCGUGGCCCGAGGCGGGAAUCCCUUAGCCACGCUGCAGUGGCUGAAGGUGAGGGCAGAGGAAAGCAUGGGGGUUCGGAGGGUGGGGGCAGGAGCUGGCCCUGAGCUGGCCCAAGCCUGUGUCUGCCUCCAGAAUGGCCAGCCUGUGUCCACGGCGUGGGGCACAGAACAUACCCAGGCGGUGGCCCGCAGCGUGCUGGUGAUGAUCGUGAGGCCGGAAGACCACGGGGCGCGGCUCAGCUGCGAGGCCCAGAACAGCGUGUCUACAGGGACCCAGGAACGCAGCGUCACGCUGCAGGUCACCUUCCCCCCCAGCGCCAUCACCAUCCUGGGCUCUGCAUCCCAGUCUGAGAACAAGAAUGUGACGCUCUCCUGUGUCACCAAGUCCAGUCGCCCACGGGUCCUGCUGCGAUGGUGGCUGGGCUGGCGGCAGCUGCUGCCCACGGAGGAGACAGUCACAGACGGCCUGCAUGGCGGCCACGUCACCAUGUCCAACCUGACGUUCCUGGCACGGCGGGAGGACAACGGUCUGACCCUCACCUGUGAGGCCUUCAGCGAGGCCUUCACCAAGGAGACCUUCAAGAAGUCGCUCACCCUGAACGUGAAAUAUCCUGCCCAGAAGCUAUGGAUCGAGGGACCCCCAGAGGGGCAGAGCCACCGGGCUGGGACCCGGGUGAGGCUGAUGUGUUUGGCCAUCGGAGGCAACCCAGAGCCCUCCCUCACCUGGUACAAGGACUCGCGCACCGUGACCGAGCCGCGGCUGCCCCAGGAGUCCCGGCUGCCGCAGGAGCCGCGGCGCGUGCAGCUGGGAAGUCUGGAGAAGUCCGGGAGCACCUUCUCCCGCGAGCUCGUGCUGCUCACAGGCCCGUCGGACAACCAGGCCAAGUUCACGUGCAAGGCGGGCCAGCUCAGCGCCUCCACGACGCUCGUGGUGCAGUUUCCCCCGACUAACUUGACGAUCCUGGCGAACGCGUCGGCGCUGCGCCCUGGGGACGCUUUAAACUUGACCUGCGUCAGCAUCAGCAGCAACCCGGCGGUCAACUUGUCCUGGGACCAGGAAGGGGAGAGGCUGGAGGGCGUCCCCGCACCGCCCAGAAGCGCCCCGUUCAAAGGCUCCGCCGCGGCCAAGAGCGUCCUUUUACAAGUGUCAUCCCGAGACCACGGCCACCGCGUGACCUGCAGCGCCCACAGCCCCGAGCUCGGCGAGACCGUGAGCUCCUUCUACCGCCUCAACGUGCUGUACCCUCCGGAGUUCCUGGGGGAGCAGGUGCUGGUGGUGACCGCGGUGGAGCAGGGCGAGGCGCUGCUGCCGGUGUCCGUGUCCGCUAACCCCGCCCCCGAGGCCUUCAACUGGACCUUCCGCGGCUACCGCCUCAGUCCAGCGGGCGGCCCCCGGCAUCGCAUCCAGGCUGGCGGGGCUCUGCAGCUGUGGAACGUGACCCGCGCCGACGACGGCCUCUACCAGCUGCACUGCCAGAACUCCGAGGGCACCGCCGAGGCGCUCGUGCGCCUGGACGUGCACUAUGCUCCCACCAUCCGCGCCCUCCAGGACCCCACUGAGGUGGACGUUGGGGGCUCUGUGGACAUAGUGUGCACCGUUGAUGCCAACCCCAUCCUCCCGGAGAUGUUCAGUUGGGAGAGGCUGGGGGAAGAGGAGGAGGACCAGAGCCUGGACGGCAUGGAGAAGGUGUCAAAGGGAGCCACCGGGCGCCUGCGGAUCCCCCGAGCUGAACUGGCCCAGGCUGGCGCUUACCAGUGCAUCGCGGACAACGGGGUGGCACCUCCGGCCCGAGGGCUGGUCCGUCUUGUUGUCCGAUUCGCCCCCCAGGUGGAGCAUCCCACUCCUCUAACUAAAGUGGCCGCCGCGGGAGACAGCACCAGUUCCGCCACCCUCCAUUGCCGCGCCCGAGGUGUCCCCAACGUUGUCUUCACUUGGACCAAAAAUGGGGUCCCUCUGGAUCUCCAGGAUCCCCGGUACACGGAGCACACAUACCACCAGGGCGGGGUCCACAGCAGCCUCCUGACCAUCGCCAACGUGUCUGCCGCCCAGGAUUACGCCCUCUUCACCUGCACAGCCGCCAACGCCCUCGGCUCGGACCACACCAACAUUCAGCUCGUCAGCAUCAGCCGCCCUGACCCUCCGUCGGGACUGAAGGUUGUGAGCCUGACCCCAGACUCGGUGGGGCUGGAGUGGAAGCCUGGCUUUGACGGGGGCUUGCCACAGAGGUUCCACAUCAGGUAUGAGGCCCUGGGGACUCCAGGGUUCCACUACGUGGAUGUCUUACCGCCCCAGGCCACCACCUUCACGCUGACUGGGCUGCAGCCUGCUACACGCUAUAGGGUCUGGCUGCUGGCCAGCAAUGCCCUGGGGGACAGUGGACUGGCCGACAAGGGGACCCAGCUCCCCGUCACUACCCCAGGCCUGGACCAGACUUCUGGAGAAUCUGAUGACCAGGUGCCCACAGAGCAGACACCUGCAGGACCCUUGGGGCUGCCCCUGCUGCCCGUGCUGGUCGCCGUCGGGGGGCUUCUGCUGCUGUCCAAUGCCUCCUGUCUCGGGGGAUUCCUCUGGCAGCAGAGACUGAAGCGUCUCGCCAAGGACAUCUCAGAGAAGACGGACGCAGGGUCGGAGGAGGACCGCGUUGGGAACGAGUAUGCGGACAGCCAGUGGACUGGGGACCGGGAAACCGGAAGCUCCACCGUGAGCACCUCGGAUGCGGAGCCGUAUUAUCACUCCAUGAGGGACUUCGUCCCCCGGCUGCCCCCCAUGCCGGAGGAGGGCUUCGCGGGGUUUGAAGAGGAGCCCGUGGUCUCUCCUGGGCACCUGUACGAUGAGGUGGAAAGAGCUUACGCCCCGCCCGGGGCCUGGGGACCCCUCUACGACGAAGUGCACACGGGCCCCCGCGACCGCCGCUGGCCGGAGGGGAAGUACGAGGAUCCGAGAGGAAUCUACGAUCAGGUGGCAGGAGACCUGGACACUAUGGAACCUGAUUCUCUACCCUUUGAGCUGAGGGGACAUCUGGUGUGAGAUCCGGCUCAACACCCUUUUCCUGCACCCACGGGACAUAAUACUCCAAUGGUCCUUCGCAUGCCAGCCUGGGCUGAGCUUGCUAAGUGAGCUUCAUAAGACGCAAAGGGACUAGGCUUUUUCAGGAGAGGACACAGAUGUGUGUGAGUGACAGAGGAUGAUUCAGGUUGGCAUCAACAUAUACACAAGGCUCUUCCUGGGGGUUGGCUUUAGAAACGAACCUUCUCCAAAGAGACAGAGUGAAUUGUAAAUGACAUCUCAAAAAAUGAAAAGCUACUCUGAGGGUCUUUCUGCUUUUGGAAAUUUUUUUAGAAGUGGGAAAAGACAUAUUAAGAACUCCAUUAUUUUCCAUUCAAUUACAUCUGAAACAGCUAAUAACAAGUGGAAUUUAUGAACCUUUGCUAUGUCCUAUCUAUUCUUGUUUUAUGAUUUAUAGUUACCUAAAAUAGAAUGUGUCAACUAUGAUACACAUGUAAACAUAAAUAGACUCUAUAUGAAAUCCA